AUGUCUACCGGAAAUAAAUUUUUACUCAUGCACGAAGCAGAUGCUAAUUUGAACAAGAUGGGUUUUUAUCACUAUGGUCAGCCGGGAGCGGUCUCCAAUCGAUCUCUUUUAUGUGAAGCAUUUGAUGGUUUUUCGGAGUCGUCCAAAACAACAGGAAUGUAUGAUUUUUCAAUCGAAAAUACUCGUUUAUCAUUAUUAGGUGCAUGUACCGGUGGAUCCUUUCAUUUGUUACUAGCUCGAUAUUCGUCACACAAAAUAUCUGAUGGUUGUGAAAAUCGAUUCUUGUAUCAUUUUGUGGAAAACAGUUUAAUAUCUUACGAUCUUAUGAAAAAAUCGAAUCGAGUCUUACCUUCAUUACAACAGCUGUUCGUGGUUAUCCAUUUAAUUGGAAAAAUCUCAUAUACGUUCAUAGACUCGUCAGGAAACGAUGAGUCACAGAGAUUUUAUGUCACGAAAGGAAAGUAUUAUAUUGAAGAAGGCCAGCGGAUAUUUAAAGAUCGACAAAAAUCUCAUCUUCAAUCAUUUUAUUCCAAGAGUGCAGAGAUAUUUCCUCGACUUUGUGUGAACAUGCAGCGUCUUGUAGAUGCAAUGCUUGUUCUGUUCGAGAUGAAAAAAAAUAAUGAUUUACAAUUUGCACAGAUUGUUGAUCAAGCAUUUAUUGUGAAGGCAAAAUAUUACAUCGAGAAACAUUUAACCUUUGUUAAGCACAAUAACGAUGAUGUUGUUAGUUAUGUUUCAUUAGAAACAUGCCAUAUUACCGCAAAUUUAUUCGAUAACUACUUGUUCAAAUGCACAUUGAACUUGUUUAAUUUAGAACAAUCAUUAAAUGAACCAAGCGUACCAUCUACACAGUUUCGCACAUUAGUUGCUGAAAAACCAUCAAUGGAAAAAAGAAUCUUACAAUUACCUUUCCAAUUUUUUCUUCGUUCUGAUCUGAAACAACCCUCAACAAAUGAAAAUGGAAGAAAAACUAAUGCUCCCUUCCACCAUCUCGACAGCAACUCAUUGAACAAUAUGUUGAAUAGAUUAGUUAAUCAGAAGUUAUUAAGAUUAGGAAAUUUCAUUUCUCGACCAAGAGCACAACAAACUCAUUCUUUUAUGAAAAAUCCAAUACCUAUCGAACCGUCAGAAAGAGAACAAUUUCUUCAAUGUUUGGAAGAGUAUAAAAUUAAUGCUGAUGAAUAUGGAAAUUUACUCGCUCGUUCAAGUUUACCCAAUAAUUGCACUCUUCUUCCAGAAGCCGAACAUAUUUUAACCACUAAAAUUGAACAUCGUGAUGAUUGUAUAAAAUACAAUCUAAUAUCAGCAGGUAUAUAUGGUGGUAUCUAG